AUGAAACCACAUCCCGAAGACAGCGCGGCUGGACAUCCAGAUACGCCGUUCGUGGAUCGCCCUGUUUCGCUUUCAUAUCCAGAAAAUUCUUCCACAUAUAAUAUAGAAGUGGAUGAUGGUGUAGGAGACAGUGACGAUGAAGACUAUGACCACCCGGAUGAGGACCGUAUGCCCAUGGAUACACCUCGAUCGCCACACCUUAUUAUUCACGGCGACGGCGCUAGAAGAGACGACAUUACAGACGCAAUGCAGCUGGAUAACAAGCCGUGCGAUGUCGAGACUGUAAAGGAAGAAGACGAGGAUCACGCAAUGGAGGACGAGACAAUGUCAGAUAUGGAGAUAACAGAGGACUUCAGUAGCCUCCCGGAUCCUGAUACAGAUGACGAAGGCAUCCACGAAGAUUCGCCCCAGCAGCGUGAAGCGCGGUCGAUGCUUCUGACCUGGUCCAUUCGCGUAGAUGGAAAAUAUCACAUCGUUAUUUGCCUGGAAUGCAACAACGUCAUCAAUCACGAGCACGUAUGGGGGCAUCGCAAUAGCAUGCAUCCUCUUGCAAACGGACAUGGACGCAAACUCAGAUUUCCUGACAAGGAAGAGCUGCAGAAUGCACUCAGAACACUCGGCGCUGACAAGCCUAGGAAAAUCCUUCCGGGGCCAGUGCUCCCCAUCAAAGGCGUAUCAGUUCUGUCUGGCUGGAGAUGCGACAUGCCAGGAUGUACUACACCUGCGCCAGUGUUCGCAAGUAUAAAGCGUCACACUGAACAUUGCUCUCGCCACCAUAGCGGUGCACAUCCCCGUCGUCGUGUUGAAGCUUUGUUACACCGGCUUGGAAACAUCAAACAGCAUCUUCAGUACGUAGAAGUGGUCCCAACUCCAGGACUAAAUCGACAGUCGCUCAUGCAAGCCAUGAUGGAUCGGAACGAGACGAAGAAGCUGAACGAACAACCGGAGACUUAUUCAGUCCCUAGCAUGUGUCAGAUGGACCCAGUACUACGAGCAAGCAAGCUAUACAAUUGCAUCGAGAACGUGAACAUCGAGAUCUUUCGCAAGACCGCGGACGAAGUCGAUCUGAAUUCCGAGCAAGAGUUUAUACGGCUCCAAUCGUACAUGCGACGUUAUUAUCAUCGUGCCGCAUCUCAAUUAAUCUCUCUUUCAACGCUUACUCGGAGAUACAUCGCGACAAAGUCUCCACUUGACGAUCCACAACCAGCACCGUUUGAGCGGCCACAAGAAAACGACACUAUUGGAACUUACUCAGAUUUUGUGGCGAGGUUCAUCAUUUUUCUCAUGAGACACCAUUUCCACCCGCUCGUCGAUGUCCAGCUGGCAUUCCAUCCUCAUCAUAUUGACGCUAUCGAACACCUCCACGAUACAUUGUGCCGUAAAGACAGCACAGACGAUGAAUGCACGGAAGGCAUCCACCAGAUGAUAAUGUCGCUUUUGAAAUUUGUCAGCGAUGGAUUUCUGGAGGACGAAUGGAAGGAACUGUUCACUAUGUUCCUGGUCGCGUUUCACCUCAGAGACAAUCAAGGGAACAUGUGUCGAGCCGGUCGCAUACCUCCAAAUCUGUCCAAAAUGCAAUGGUGCAUGAGGGCCAGCGGGGCUGUGGAGACAGCAAGGCUCAAGAUGAAGUACGAACGCAACGACUUUGUGGCGUACAAACAAGAAGUUCGUAAGUACUUGAUACAAGGCCAACAGACGCUGUUCUCUACAUUGCAACAACACAUGUCAUUGUUAUCUGCACUCGCCCUCAGUGAACCGGGCAUCCCGCGUUUCAAUUGGGACGUGACUCGCACCAUACUAGGCAUCGACGGAGUGGGCAUGUCUAUGCAUAGGUUCAAGUCUAGCAUCAACUUUAUGAUCGACGAAUGCCACGCGGCCAUUAGGGAGAUAUGCGGCUCUCUGUCGUUAGAUGAUUUUUGGAAUCACAUUGAUUCGAAGAUGAACCCCAUGGAUCGAGAGAACUGCUUCUUUGAUGACCCUCAGGUCACUAAGACGGGUAGCUCUGUUUUCACGGACCGAAGGAACGGUCUGGAGCGUUUUCGUUUCAUUUUGAUGGAACAUAUAUUGGACGAUCCAAGAUUCUUCAAUAUAGACGAUGAUGGCAAGCCGGUGGCAGCGAAGGGCAAGUGCAUGUUAUGGAACUGGUUCGCUAAAAUCGAUGCGCUAGUGGGACGGUUGUAUUACCUCGUCGUCUCUACGUUUGGUGGAGGCGCAAGAGGGACAGAGAUGGAUGAUCUUCGAUAUAUCAUACGCGGUCGUGCGGAACGUCACUUCUUCUUCCUCAAUGGCUGGGGCACCAUCGUCACGACAUAUGUGAAGACGAAACAGUUGGAACAUCACGGUAGACUGCUGGCAAGAGUACCUGCCCCGGCAGUAACCAGACUAUUGAUGGCGCUGCUCGGUGUUAUAUAUCCUGCAUGUGCUCACUUCGCAUGCGACAUCAUGGAAAUCGAAGACGCAAAGCGAUACAAUGAAUAUAUAUUCGUUCAGAGUGGGCGGAUUAUGGACAGUGAAAGACAGUCUCGCUGUCUGGGUUUCCAUACAGAGCGUCUGCUGGGUAUACCGCUAAGACUCAGAGACUGGCGUCAGGUUAUGUGCAGCAUCCUUGUCAACAUCGUUCAUGUCGAUUUUGGAGAGCCGGACGAUGAAGAUGACGACUUGCACGCUAUACAUCGCCAAUUCGGUCAUAGCGUAAAGGUCGCCAAUAAACAUUAUGGGCUUCAGAAAAACGACGCCUUGGAAGGAGUAUCUCACACGGUUGUAGCCUCCAUGCAGUCUGUAUCGAUACGUUAUCAUGCAAAACUCGAUCAACUACACUCCAACUUCUCACAGCAGUUGCAAUCAGCAACAUCAGACGAACAGGAAGAGGAAGUCUUCACACGAAUCGUGAUACUGCUUGCGAACGUGUUGAAGACCGAGCUACAACGAUUUCAGUCGGGAUUGACUAGGAACAUCGUCGAUACGUUUGUUACAUACCUCAACGGCCAGAACAUCCGCUUACUCGAGUAUAUUACCGCAGUACAAGGCUGCCAGCCUGUACAAAAACCUAUGACGAAGCCGCUCACGGUCGAUCCUACUCUGCACAAUUCGCUCCACGUCCUGUUUCCACGCUCAAGCAGGCCACAAUGGACAAUCCCACAACAAGGUGAACUAGUGCAAUCAUCUCUGGGUAAUGAACACGUUCUGGCCGUUUUACCAACUGGUUGCGGGAAGAGCAUGUCAUUUCUGGGACCGCCAAAACUUUUUCCAUCUCUCAUGUAUAUCGUCGUCGCACCUUUGAGAGCUUUGACCAACGAUAUCGCGAAGAGACUCGGCAACUCGACCUUGAAAUGGGCGAGAUGGAUGCCUGGAUUAGACGGAAGUUCAUUGCAGAUCGUGCUUGCGCCAAUCGACACAGCUACCACUCACGAUUUUUUCAUAUGGGCUGAAUCGUACAACUACAGACUGUCUCGCAUUUUUCUCGACGAAGCACAUUAUAUACUUUUCCAUGAGGGAUUCAGACAUUGCAUGGACCUUCUCAAGAAUUUGACCCGCCUGGCAAAACCAAUCACUCUGCUGUCAGCUUCAGUCUAUCCGUGCGCCGUGCCACGCCUCUGUGCCAAGAUCGGCAUCGAUCACAAAGAACUGAGAGUCAUACGGACCUCCAUCGCCCGACCUACGAUAGCGUACAACGUGGUACGGGUCAAACCUAAGCCAGCGGAAUCAAGCAGCAUAGACAAUAAUGUAUUACAACAGUUGCAUGCUGUCAUGGCCAGACAUCCGAUGGGGGCGAACGAGAGGGGCCUGAUAUACUUCACAUACUGCGAUAGGGCCAAGGACUACGCAGCGGAAAUUGGAUGUGACUAUUAUAUCGCCAACGUAAUCGAAGGAGAUACGAGUGCGAAUGACAGGCGAAAAGACGACAUCGUCAGGACCUGGGAGGAGGGGACAGACGAGAAGAAUCAUUGGUUGUGUUGCACAAGCGCAUUUUCGGCUGGAAUCGACAGUGACCAUGUCGUCGUGGUCGUACUAAUCGAAGCCAACUGGUUAGCUGAUUUUGAUCAGCAAGCGGGUCGACUUAGGACCAAGGGCGGACAGAGGGGUUGGACGUACAUCAUCCAUACCAGAUUACCCAUUAAUCGCGACCCGGAGAUGGACAGUUUUGGAGGAUUACCGGAAAUGACAGAAUUUCUCGUCACCAACGGUUGCCGAUGCCUGGCAUUUCAUGGUGUCGAUGAAGAUGUCCACUCUUGUGGGGCGUUGGGUUCGAAAGCAGAAAAAUGCGAUAACUGCCUGACGAUGCAACUAGACGAGACUGUAUCGAUGAUUCCUACGAUGGUAUACGAAGGGAAACUAGAGGUGUUAGAGCCUAUCCCCAUAGCCGCAAAGCCCACAACCAGCGGUGAUCGACUACGGACAGAAAAGGCUGAAGGACUUUACAAGCUUGAAGAGCUGGUGGAGAUGUUCGAAUCCAUCCGUGGAAACGGUUGUGUGGCAUGCUGGUUCGAGAACGAAGGCCGAAGAAUGGAGAGCCACAAGCACAAUGAUGAACACAAGAUGAAUGUGAUCGUGGCAUCGCUGCGAUGCAUACAAUUCCCGGUACACGUCAACUGGCCAUUCUGUUUUAAGUGCUGGAUUCCAUUUCGUCAUCCGUGCAACCAUCCACUGCAUGCCAAGGGUAAAACUGUUGAUGAAUCGAAAUGCCCGUACAGCGAGUGUCCUCUCAUUACCUUACGACUUAUCGCGUUGAUAUGGUGCUGCCGACUAAAUGGCAAGGGUCAUGAUGACAUGCUGUACAUAAUUUCAGAUAAGCUCGGCGUGCCUCGGUUGAGAUGGAAAACGCUUAUCGGCUUCAAAGAGUGGCUUAGAGAAACCGCACAUAAUGCAGACCAGCUCCCCAACCAUCUGGAAUUCAUCCUCGCAUACAAGCGUCUGUUUCGCAAAAUAUGUGUUCAUUGA